AUGGAUAGCUCUCCAGACAGUGGCGGGGAGUGUGAUAUAUAUUCAAUGAAUGAUCGAAUUCAACAGUUGGAACAGGAAAAAUCAAUAUUAAUACAAGAAAACAAAACAUUAAAAAGCCAAUUUGAUGAAUCCUUAAAAGAACUACAAAAAAUAGAUGAAAUUAAGUGCGAAAAUACAGACUUAAAGAAAAAUCUCUCAGAAUCUUUAACGAAUUUACAAGAUCUUCAGAGACGUCUCGAUAUUUCAUUGAAAAAUAACCAAGAACUGAACAGAAAGCUACAAUCAAUACAGGAAUCAAAUCAAAAUUCAUUUAAUUUUGAGUUACAAUCCUUGAAAAGGCAAUUGAACGAGAAUAACGAAAAUCAUGCAAAAGAAGUUGAAGAAUUGCAACGCAAUAUUGAUGACAAUGCUGCUGCAUUAUCUGAAAUGCAGAAACAGAUAGCAAUUGCUAAUUCUCUUACUUCAAAAACAAUAAAUCUUGCAAACGUAUUUUUCGAAGUCGAAUUUCCAGACAUAUUUUCAUUACAUAGUUUCUUAUCCGAUGUUAGAAACAAACCAGUACAAACAACUCCAGAAAUUCAAAACAUUCAAGAUAACGAACUAUUAUUAACUCAAUUAAAGACGAAACUUAAUAAAGAAAAGCAGAAAUACCAGAGAUUAAAAGUGGAUCACUUUUCCCAGCAGCAAGACUUCCAAUUCCAAUUAAACGAAAAAGACCGCCAAAUCUCUGAAAUUACUGAGCGACUUCAAAAAGCAAUUUCAGAAAAUAACGAACAACAGCUCAACUAUGAAAAUCAAAUUUCCGAACUAAAAAUCAAGAAACCUACAAGAAAUGCUUCAGUUCAAGUUAUUUCAGUAAUAAAUACAACAGAACCAACACAAUCAUCGAGUGAAACAAAUACUAAUGAUAAUAAUACUCAACUUUUACCAACUACAGACCAAUCACAAGCCAUAAAAGCGUUAAAAGCACAAAAUGCAGAUUUAUUAGAAGAAAUCAAGGACCUUAAACAGAAGAAAGACAAGCUAACAGAGAAACUAAAGAAAUUACCACAAGAUUCACAGCAGAAUCUUGAUACAGAACUGAAACGUCUCAAAGGAGAGUUAGAUUUCAAGAAUAAAGACAUAGAAAGCAUGAAAUUACAAUUAAUGGCUGCAAGAGCAUCAAACGAAGAAGCUAAUACCACAUUUAUUGCUCUUAAAAACGAAAAAGAGAAAAUAAUUGACUGCUUAAACACAUUACAAGGCCAAUAUGAAGACCAGAAGACUGAAAUAUCACGUUUAACAUUCGAGCGAAACGGCCUUGCAUCAUUACUCCAGAGAUUAUCUAAUAUAACAACUUAUUUGGAACAUAAAGACCAAAAAGUGCCAAAACCGCUUCCAAUAAUUCUUCCGCCUUCAAAAACAGAAGAAAUAAUUUUAUGGAAUUUCGAACCGUUACCUGCUGACUUACGAGCAAUAUUAGAACGUGUUGCAAGUAACUAUUCCGCAUCAAACACAAGUAGACUCAAAUCUGUUGUUUCUGUCGUUGGUCAGUACAUAAAUGACUUAAAUGAGACAACUAAAAUAGAAUUAUCAGAACUCAGACAGUCUAUCAACGAUUUUAAUAAGAAGCAUGUCCAGCUGGUGUCUGAUUUGGCCGAUGUUUUCGGUGAAGAAGUCAACGAAUCAAAUGUAAUUGAAUUUAUUUUAUCGUUGAAAGACCAAAUCGACACAUUAAAUGCUGAAUUAGAGUCAUCCAAUAGCAAAGUCAUUGAUUUUCUACAGAGAUCAAACAUGAAUUCAUUUGAUGAAAUUAUUUCCAAUUUUGCAAAGAAAGAAAAAGCAAUUCAAAGCUUAACAAACCAAUUAGAAGACGAGAAAGAAGAAGCAGAAUCACUCAAACGAGAUGUUAAGAUGUUAAAGAAGGCAUUUUCUCGUGCAGAGAAACAACUUUCUGCAUCAAAUGAAUCAUUAAAAGAAAGUUUACUUGAUUGCGAAAAUGCAAAAGCAAAACUAAGAGAACAAUUGGCAAAUCAAAGAAAACAAUGCUGUGAUCUAGUAAACGAAAUGGCAGAACUCAGACAACAAUGUAAAGAUGAAGUAGACGAAGUUAGAGAGAAUUAUGAUGAUUUGCUUUCUCAAAUCGAAAUGUCUAAACUUGAUAACUCCAACAGAUCAAAUACAGCUGUAAACACAAUUAACUCAGAAAAACAAGCCAUUCUGAAGAAGUUAAAUGAAAAGGAGAAAGCUAUUGAAAGACUUACAGAUGAAUUAGAGACACAAGCUAAAAGAAAUCAACAGUUUUCAGAUGAAAUAGAAAGAUUAACUGACAAAAUUGAUGAACAAAAGAUUUGUUUCGAUGAGAAAUUAUCCAAAGAGAAAGAACAGUUAAUUAAUGAUUACGAGGCUAAAAUCAAUGACUACAUGAAGAAAUCUAAAACAGAUGCAGAACUAGUUAAGAAGACAACAGAAACUCUUAAAAACAAUGAACAAAAACAACAAAUUUUGCUGCAAAAAGUGAAAGAAUUGGAAAGACAAUUAGCAUUGAGUGAAUCGCAGAGAAAGAAUACAAUAGAAUGUGCAGAAAGACAAAAGAAACUCUUCGAAGCUCAGCAGAAAUCAGUGAUGAUAAACGCGGAUAUUAAAAAGAGUGAAUAUACAUAUCAGAUUAAACAAGAAUAUGAACAGAAAGAGAGACAAAUAAUUAACACUUUUGCUCAGAAUUUCCAUAGAUUUGUUGAUAUCAACAAUCAAAUCGACAUCAAUUCAUUCCAAUCUGCAAUUGUUUUGUUGAAAUCUGAAUUGGAAAGACUCCAAACAAUAGAAAGAUCUAUUAGAUCAAUAUGCGGUGCAAGCGAAGGUGACAAAACGGAGGACGCUUUGACCUUCUUUGCUAUCCAGCAUAAAAGAGCUACAAAUUAA